AUGAACCCGACUUUCAACCCGGCUAUUGACAUCAAGGAAUCUGUUGAAAUGAACUCGAACGUCAACUAUGCCAAUGAGCACCCUGAUGAGCCCGCCACCAAUGAGUACCCUAUGGGACCCCCCGUCUGGGGUACUACUUGCACAAUUGCUUAA